GAUGUUGCAGAUGACAGGGACGAAAAGACAACACGGGCAGAACUGCAUACAUUUGACCACAAGCGUCGACAAUUAAACACAUUUCGUAACUGCCCAAUCAUUGAUGUUAAGUAACGUCAACAACGGGAUGUAGCCAAUGAAAUGGAGUAUGAUGAGAGACUUGCACUUUUCCGCCAAACCCGCCUCAAUCCAUUUGAUCGUGGAGAGGAAGAAGAUGGUCCCCAAGGAGGCAAGACACCCCCACAGCACGAAACAAGACCUGAGCUGUAUUCUGGGACCAGAAUCCACAGUUCAGAUCGGACCAUGGACCUUGGUCUAGCUGAGGACCACUUCUCAAGACCUAUGGGUUCGUUUGUGGCUUCAGACAUUGAACAGCUGAAACUGGCCAUAGAGGAGUGUAAGAAGCUAAUCUUGGAACUGCCAGAACAUUCAGAGAGACAAAAGGACACAGUGGUCAAACUUAUUCACCUACGACUCAAACUGCAAGAGCUUAAGGACCCAGAGGAGGAUGAGCCUAAUCUGAGAAUGUUACUGGAGCACCGGUUCUCAAAGGAAAAGAGCAAGAGUGUGAAACAGACCUGUGACAAGUGUAGCACAAUCAUCUGGGGCCUUAUACAGACCUGGUAUACGUGCACAGGUUGCUAUUACCGUUGCCAUAGUAAGUGUAUGAACCUGAUCACUAAGCCUUGUGUGAGGUCAAAGGUCAGCCAUCAGUCGGAGUAUGAGCUCAGCAUCUGCCCUGAAAUUGGACUAGACCGCCAAGACUACCGUUGUGCAGAGUGUCGCACCCCUGUUUCACUGAGGGGCGUGCCAAGUGAGGCGAGACAAUGUGACUAUACAGGCCAGUAUUACUGCAGCACGUGCCACUGGAAUGACACAGCCAUUGUCCCAGCUCGUGUCAUACACAAUUGGGAGUUUGAACCACGCAAGGUUUGUAGAUCAUCUUUGCGCUACCUGGCCCUGAUGAUGCCUCGGCCUGUGCUGAAGCUAAAAGAAAUCAACCCGCUGCUAUUCAACUUUGUGGAGGAACUUGUUGAGAUCAGGAAACUCCGCCAAGAUAUUCUGUUGAUGAAGCCUUAUUUCAUCACCUGUAAGGAGGCUAUGGAGGCUCGGCUUCUACUACAGCUACAAGAUCGCCAGCACUUUGUGGAGAAUGACGACAUGUACUCACUACAGGAUUUGAUUGACAUCUCCAGUGGCCGACUCAGUUGUUCCCUAACAGAAAUCCACACCACAUUUGCUAAGCACAUCAAACUAGACUGUGAGCGCUGUCAGGCCAAAGGAUUUGUGUGUGAGCUGUGUAAGGAGGGAGACAUCCUGUUCCCUUUUGACAGUCACACCUCAGUUUGCCAUGACUGCUCUGCUGUCUUCCACAGAGAUUGUUACUAUGACAACUCCACAACUUGUCCACGAUGUGCCCGGAUGACUGAGCGCAAGCAGGACGAGGAACCAGAUGUGAAAAAUGCGUAACUUUGGAGAGGACCACCCAAUGUAACUGGAUAUUGCACAUUGAGUUUUUCUCGAUCAAGAAAGUGAAAGAAAUGUGUUCAGACUCGCUGUUUGUGUUUGUCUUUGGUUUUGUGCUUAUGUUGAUACUGUAGUGUCUUUAUCUUCUUGUGCACUACAUAAUGAAGUGGGGUACUUAGAAACCCCAUUUGAAAAAUAAUAUAUAUUUUUAUCCAACUUUUUAAUUCAUACUACAAAUUGGAUGUACUGAACAAUGUGUGUGUGUGUG